AUGCAGAAAAGAAAGAGACCAGCCAAAGAGAAGCAGCAGAAAAUCUGGAAGAAAAAGGACCAGACUGGAAUCUACUCGUCUCGGUUGAAACGGGCCAGGGUUCUCCCUUUCCAGCAGGCCUCACUUCUACAAUCACUGCCCGACGAUGUUCUGUAUUACCUGGCGCGCACUUUUCUCUGGGAACCCACGGACAUAUUCGACCUGGCGCGCACGAGUCGCAGUCUCUGGGGUAUACUGGAAAGGGAAAUAUACAUCACUGAUGUAUUUGCCGUCCAGUACCACGUCUCGCGCGGCCUCGAGGCCCCGAGGACGACGUUGCUGCACUGGGCCGCGCUGGCCGGGAGGACGGAUAUACUGAGCAAGGCGCUGGCCGCGGCCAAAUUGGUAUGGACUGGGUACAUGAAUUUCCAACAUUCCAAGUGCGGACACGCGGCCAUUCACUUUGCGGCACACUAUGGGCGUCUCGAGGUGGUGCGGGCGCUCCAGCGGGAGAAGGAGGAGGGGAGGGCAUCAUCAGUCGACAUGACGGCAGCGUCGGGCUGGAUGUGCCCGGCACCGCAGCGUCUACAAAGUAUCUUGCAGCGCCUGACGCCAGGCCAGUUUCGUGUGCCCCCAGAGUACAUGUUGCAGGACGAAGACUUUCCGUUCAAGAUUGAUGCGCUGGGUUUGGCGAUUCUCAAGGGACAUCGGGACGUGGCUAUGCACCUCUUGGAUAUUUACGACGCAGAGCGGAUCGAGGAGGAAAAGAUAUUUCCACCGCUUCAUCUGGCAGCCUUUGUGGGCAUGGCCGAGGUUGUUGAAUCCAUUCUGAGUAGGGGAAUUAAUGUGAGUGCCGUGUGUAAGCAUGUGGCCAACAGCGUCGCAAUACACUGGGCGGCGGCCGGAUCGAGCAAAGAUGAGAACACGCAAACCCUGAGAAUCCUCAGAGAAUAUGGCGCAGAUAUUACGAUUCGCGAUUCUGUAGGACGUACGCCACUCGACUGGGCAAUCGGCUUCAAAAAUGCGGACAACGUGCUCUACCUGCUGAAACGCUCGAUUCGAUCCCUUGCGCCUGGCCACCUGGCCAACCAAGUCGAGGAAUGGACCAAGAGGCUGCAGAGAUGCAUGGCUGAUGAUCUUCUACUCGACUGUACAAAGUUCAUACUCAAGCAUUGUCCACGUUUGCCCGAGGAGUGCCUCAAGCUGUGCGUACAGUCGACGUUCUGGGACAUUGACCGCAGCUGGGACGAGGCGGGCUGCGUAUCCACGUCAAGCAAGAACCUCGCGACCAAGCGGUGGCUCGUGGACAAGAACAUUGGGCUCGGCGUCCUCAGCAAGGGGGCGCGGCAGAGCUGGAUGCAGGAAGAGCUGUUCCAGGGCCGCUGCUUCUUGCACUACGCGGCGGGCUCGACGGACAUCGACGCCGAGCUGCUCGCCCUGGCCAUCCAGAAGCGGCCCCACGAUAUCGACGUCGUCGACGCCAAGGGCCUGACGCCGCUCGAGCUGGCGCUGGGGUACCGCUGCAUACCGGAAAAGGUCAAGCUGCUGUUGCGGUCCGGAGCGAACCCGGCGCUCUGCUACGGGGGCGAGAGAGCGCGGGCCGAUGUUGAUCGACAGAUUGAACAGCUCACGUUGGAAGAAGAGGGAGACGUUGAAUAA